AUGGACGCCGUCGUCGACCGAGUCCGACGCUCGGAGGCGUUCGCGUCGUUAAAGCGCGACGCUCGAGCGUUUGGAGCGUCGAGAGCGAUGGAGAUUCUCUCGGAUGCGAAAAGUUCGUCGUCGGCGCUCGACGCGGUUCGCACACUCGCGCACGACGCGUUACACGCGGGGAGGUGGAACGCGGUCGACGAGCGAUGGCGAGCGGUGUACGCGAUGAGCGCGAUCGCGUGGACGGCGAAGAGUGGGACGAGAGGAGCGAAGGCGACGCGGGCGUUGGAUUUGGCAGUCGUGCUCGGCGGCGAGACGUUCGGCGACGACGCGCGCGCAGCGAUCGAGGCGACGAGAGUGAAGGGUGACCGUGAUAUAAACGUCUUUUCUGGACGCUGGGACGUUGGGGUCGACGAAGCGGUCGCGGCGAGAGCGACGCGAGCGACGGGUGGGGUCGAGAGACGAGCGUACGCGAGGACUUCGAUGGAGACGUUUUAUCGCGAGUACAUGGCCAAGCGAGACGAUGCGAGCGAGAACGGGUGGAACGAACUCGGACGACCCGUCGUUCUCGAGGGAUUGGCAACGCAUUGGCCCGCGGUGGCGAAAUGGCGCGACCGAGCGUAUCUGGACGAUGCCAUCGGCGAUCGAACGGUUCCUGUGGAGGUCGGCAAGACGUACGUUGACGAGCACUGGUCGCAGAAGCUCAUGACUGUCAGAGAGUUCAUGGAUCAGUACCUCGGCGAGGGCGGCGAGCAGAGCGAACAAGGUAGAAAUGUCGGGUACCUUGCCCAGCACGAACUCUUUGAGCAAUGUCCGGAGCUCAAGCGUGACAUAGAGACUCCGCUGUAUUGCUCGCUCGGCUCUGGGGGGCCCUGCGCGGUCAACGCGUGGUUCGGGCCGGCGAACACCGAGUCGCCCGCCCACACUGAUCCAAAGCACAACAUACUGUGUCAAAUUGUCGGCGUGAAACGCGUGCGGCUGUUCGCACCGAAUCAGACGCCCCGUAUGUACCCUCGAGAACCGCCGUCGAGCAACACGUCUCGCGUCGACGUGGACGCACCAGAUCUCGAGCAGUUCCCACUCUUCGCAGACGCCGAGUUUGUGGACGCCGUGCUCACACCUGGUGAUGCAAUUUAUAUCCCGCCCGAGUGGUGGCACCACGUCGUCGCCGACACGCCUUCUUUCAGCGUAUCGUUUUGGUGGGACUGA